GCUGGGAUUACAGGUGUGCAUCACCAUGCCUGGUUUAGAAUGGUUUUCAAACUGUAUUCCCUGGAGUCCUAAGGGUGCUCUCCUGGCCUUUAAUCUGAGCACCCUCUUUUAGUUCAUAUGGAAGUUCCACUAUACUUUAUUUAAACAAGAUUCACAAGCUUUACCAAUAUGUUUUAAAGUCUCCAGCUUAGUCUACUUAGACACAGAUUUCUUGUGGCAGAAUGGCUAAGUCUGGGUCUGAGUCCUGGAACUGACCUUCCUACUUAUGACCUUAAACAAGUCACUGAUUCCAUGAGCCUUCUUCUCCUCACUGUAAAAUGGGUUGUAGGAGGACUACAUGAGGUCAUGUAUUUAAAGUUCUAGCCCCCCCCAAAAAAAGCCCUGUGUGGUGGCACAUGCCUGCAAUCCCAGCACUCGGGAGGCUGAGGCAGGAAGAUUGCUAUGUGUUCUAGGCCAGCCUGGGCUACAUAGUGAGUUCAAGGCCAGCCUGAACUACAUAGCAAAAAAAAAAGUCCCUGGUGCAGGCCACCUACCUAAAAGGUGACAAUAAUGGCCCCCAAAGAGACACUGAUUUGUCUAGAGAUGCACUGCACCCUAUCCUUCAUACUCAGUCAUUCCUGCAUUCAUUGAUUCACCAGGCACCCAUUCCAUGUCCAGCAGUAUACUGGGGACCCCACAUGGACACUGCUAUGGAAGCCAACUUGGGCGCUGCUGGCCACGGGCCCCGCACAGAGCUUGAUGAGGAGGACUACUACCCUCAGGGCGGCUGGGACACAGUAUUCCUUGUGACCCUGCUACUCCUGGGGCUGCCAGCUAAUGGGCUGAUGGCAUGGCUGGCUGGCUCACAGGCCCGGCAUGGGGCAGGCACGAGGCUGGCCUUGCUUCUGCUCAGCCUAGCUCUCUCUGACUUUUUGUUCCUGGCGGCAGCGGCAUUUCAGAUCUUAGAGAUUCAGCAUGGAGGGCACUGGCCGCUGGGGACAGCUGCCUGCCGCUUCUACUACUUCCUGUGGGGCGUGUCCUAUUCCUCUGGCCUUUUCCUGCUGGCAGCCCUCAGCCUGGACCGCUGCCUGCUGGCACUAUGCCCAAGCUGGUACCCUGGGCGCCGCCCAGUCCGCCUACCCCUCUGGGUCUGCACUGGGGUCUGGGUGCUGGCCACAAUGUUCAGUGUGCCCUGGCUCGUCUUCCCUGAGGCCAUCAUCUGGUGGUAUGACCUGGUCAUUUGCCUGGACUUCUGGGACAGUGAGGAGCUGCCACUUCGAAUGCUUGAGAUCCUGGGUGGCUUCCUGUCAUUCCUCCUGCUGUUCAUCUGCCAUGUGCUCACCCAGGCUGCAGCUUGCCAAAUCUGUCGCUGCCACCAGCCUCAGCCUUUGGCCUACCAUGGCUUCGCUCGUGUGGCUAAGACCAUUUUGUCGGCCUAUGUGGUCCUGCGACUGCCUUACCAGCUGGCACAGCUGCUCUACCUGGCCUUUCUGUGGGACAUCUACCCCGGCUACCUGCUCUGGGAGGCCCUCGUCUACUCUGAUUACCUGAUCCUACUCAACAGCUGCCUGAGCCCCUUCCUCUGCCUAAUGGCCAGUGCUGACCUUCGUGACUUACUGCGCACCAUGCUUUCCUCCUUCGUUGCGGCUCUCUGCGAGGAGCAGCCAGGCAGUUUCACAGCAGCUGAGCCACAGACACAAGUGGCCCCUCAGAGCCCAACUCUAACAGCAGAGAUGCAGCUACCAUUGGAUCCCGUGGUCCAGCCUCAGGUGAACCCCACGGCCCAGCCACCACAGGAUCCCGUGGCCCAGACUCAGGUGAAUCCCACGGCCCAGCCACAGUUGGACUAUACAGUCCAGCCACAGUUGAGUCCUGAGGCCCAGUCCCCAGGCCCUGCUAUGGGGCUCCCCAAGCCCUGUGAGGAAGCUUCCUUUAGCCCAUCCCUAGAUCCUUCCCCUGAGGACCCUGAGAGCCCAGCCAUGCCAGCAGCCCCCGAGGGAGAAAGCCCUGGCAGUGCCCCACCAAUGGAGGCCCUCAGUGCAGGCCCCACGUGAGGAUCCAGGAAGCCCAGGCCUGCCAGAGCAGCAGAAAAGUCAGAGGGAGCAGAGGAACCAGCCAGUCAGAGAGGUGAGAGUUGCAGAGAACAUCACUGUUGCAAAACCCCACCAAGUCCUCAGGCCUGGAAGAACUUUAGGGGGAAGUGAAACAAAGCAGCCAAAAGUCCCAGACAGUUUGUGUCAGCAUCCCCUGCCCCACUCCCACCAAACACACAGUCACCCAAUAGCCCCCUGAGCUACUACUGACGGUGUCCUGCUGGGUCCUGUCCUCCAAUACAUCAGAUUCCACUUCCUGAGGAAGACAGUAGGUCGGGCCUGGACACAAGGACAUCAAAAAGAAAAUCCCUGCAGAGAAAGGAGGCCACCAGGAGCCUGCAGCCCUAAGCAGAAGCCAGAGGCCCCAGUGGCCCACAACCUGGCCUGGCAUGGCCAAACCCUCUCUACCAGUCCCCUGUCCCCAGAAGCCAGGGAAGCUGGGGUAAGAGUUCCCUCAGUAAGGUGGCUGAAGAGGCAAGAGUGACCAAGCCUGGAUUCAAAUCUAAUUUUGUGACACCCUGGCUGGGUGACUCAAAACAAACUAUUUUUGAGUUCCUGUUUUGUGGGCUAUUUUGAAGAUUAAAUUAGGGGGCAUGUGAAGUACCCCACCAGAGCCAUGUAGCAGGAGAUCAGUGAACAAAUGUCCUUUCCAUCAGUGGGAUUUAGGGAUGGCCCUUAGGGUAACUGAGUGGAGGCAGGUGGGAGAGCCAGCACCUUGGCUCCUGUGACGGGCCUGGGCUGCAGACACCCAGGCGGCUUGAGAGAGCAUGGUGCCACCUGUGCACCUCAUGGGGGAGGGGUGGGCUGGCAAGAGACUUUAAAGUCUAAUUCCAUUCAAGGGUUUCAAUAGCAGUCACCUGCCCCCGGCCUCCCAGGGAGGGCUGCCCAGAUUCUCUAGAGGGGCUGCAGGUACAGACUGCACUGGCCCCAGCCUACCCCAUCUAAGCUUAAGGGCUUAGUUAGGAGUUCUCCAUGUACAGAAAGCUCUGGGCACCAGUGGCCCCAGAAAUGGCAAAGGUUCCCGGAGGUCACCAAGCUUCUAUUAGGCAGAGCCAGCUCCUUGCCAGCUGCAGAUACUGCAGUAAAAAGGAAGUGGAACAGGCCUGUUCCCCAUCUCCUGCGCCUGUGCUUUUUCCCAGCCCCUAGUGUCCAAGACCAUGGUCCCUGCCCCUCUCCCCUCACAGUCCUUUCCCACUAGUUUAGUGUUGGGACCUGCAGCAACUGCGAGAUGCCCUCACCAGCAAAUGUAAAUGACAAUGACAUUUUAUAUGCUGCCCCUCCCAAGGCUGUUUCAUUGUAAAAAGGUGGCCUGCAGUUCGGGCAGCUAGGUGUGGUGCCGUCAGAUUUAGGUUCUGGGUCCUAGCUUGCUCUUAGCCUCAAUGUUUGCCUCUGUCAGUUCAGGAUGAUGUGUCCCUUGCUGGGUAGCAGGUUGUGGUUAUUACCAGAGCCAGGAAUGGGAAAGGCACGGAUUAUAGGCACUAAAACAGGUGGGAGAGGGAUUUCUGGGCAGAUGUGAGUUUGUUGAAUUCAUUUAUCUAACAAAUAUUUAUUGAGCACAUGCUAGACCCGAUGCCUCUCUGGCCAGCUUCUCUUUUGGAAAUACAUCGGCAGGGUUCAGGUUGAAGUGUCUGGUGCCCUGAAGGGGUUGUUUGUAUCUUGGCUCUACUACUCACCAAAUGUGUAAACUUCAGCAAAACUCUUGGCUUCUUUGGGACUCAGUUUGCCCAUCUGUAAAAUGGGGUUCAUAACUGAUUGAUCUCUAAGAAGAGCUUGGAUCUUUACCAAGUACAGAGUAAGUUCUCAAUAAUUGUUAGCCCUUAAUUUGAUUUUACCAGUGGGCACCCCCAGGCCCAGGCCAAGUAUGAGACCAAUAUAGGCCAGAGCCCACGUGGCAGAUAGACUGCCUGCCAGGUUUUAUUCCUGUUUCCACACUACCUCUUCCUCCUCCCCCUCCUCCUUUCUCCAUCUUAUUUGUUGGGGUACACAAUCUCUAAGGACAGGGCUUGGACUUCUGUCCCCUUUCUCCUGGCCGGGGUCCCAAAGCAUUUCAACAUGGCAAGCAGAUCAGUGAAUAAAACCUCAGCACCGGCCACCUGGCUUAAAGAGUGAGCCAGCCCUACCUCCAAGGUCCCCAAAGAGAAUCCCACCCAUCACGGGUAACUGCUAUCCAGGAAACACAGCAGGCCCUGAAGUGAUUUGCAGGAUAGAGGAGUUCCCCAGGGUCCCACAGAGGACAUUUAUGUAGGAGGGAACAGGGCCAUGAAGUCCCCCACAGCCCCUCACAUCACCCUAACAACAGGCUGGGCUCCUGUUGCCUUCUGGGAGACUCCCCCCUCCUUCUCCAGGUGAGAGACCCUUCCCUGUCUUCCAGAGGGGCCAGAUAUUGAUUCUGAGAGUUGGGAACAUGAACAUUUUUAAUUCUACAUUCAGGGCUGCUGCUCAUUCAUUCGCUCAACCUGCACUAAGGGAUCAGAUAUGGGCACUGGGUCCCUUUCUGGGAGCUGGGAGAACAGUGAGGGGAAAAGGCAAAAUCCUUGGACUCAACUUGUUGACAUUCUAGCAGGGAGAAGCAUCUGGUGAUCCAGCAGUGACUGAGAACAAAUGCAGUGGGAACAAGUAAGGGCCAGAGAGUGACGGGUGAGAGGGGUGUCAGGGAGAGCCUCCAGGGAGGUGACAGAUAAGCAGAGCCCUGGAGGGAGGGUUGGAGUCUUUUCAAGAUCCAGGGA